AUGAGAGCUGCGUGGUGUUUAGUUUUUAUAUCCAUUGGAGUUGUUUGUGGAGUACUUGUUGAGGACUUUCAGGUAGUUCUCAUUCCUCAAGAAGCGGGAGCUGAAAUCGCCAAAGUAUCGUCGGAUUGUGUUAAAAAAAUGAAUUUGGAGCCCGACAUAAUGGAGAGAUAUUUCGCCUGGGAAUUAGAAGACUCUGAGACUAAUAGAAAAUAUAUAUUCUGUCUUGAAAAUAACUCGGGAUAUAUGGAUGACAAUGGAUACAUUGUUAAAGAUAAACUACUUCAAAUUGUAGGACCACAUGAAGCGAAAGUAGACGCCGUUGCUGAAGAAUCUGCAUUUUCUGACUUAUUGUUCAUAGUUUGUGCUGGCACUACUAAAACAGAACCAGAAGACUUCACACAACCUGAUGAUGAAAAUUUGGUUCAAAAAGAAUCAUUAAUUUAUGAAAAUUAUCAAAAUAAAAUAAUUGAUAAUAUUCUGCAAACUAGUGACACCAACGAAUAUUGGCUAUUCACUAGGCAAAAUCCAAUAAUACCCGAAAUUAUUGUCAAGGACGAUCUUGUUUCCUUAUGGAGAUCCAACUAUAAUGGCAGCAAGCCGUUGAAAGUAAUUGCCCACGGAUGGACUUUUGAUGGUCUUGCACCAGUUAACACAAUGAUCACAGCUGCUUAUUUAGAUACUGAUGACGUCAACGUAAUCGUUCUUGACUGGGGUAGAAGCGCCGAGGGAAGUUACUUAAACGCUUCUUUAAGAGUACCACGUGUAGGGCGCUAUUUAGGAAACUUCUUGCAAUGGUUGAUCACUUUUGGAGGUGGUAGCUGGGACAAUGUGCAUCUCAUCGGUUUUAGUCUAGGAGCACAUGUAGUUGGUAAUGCUGGACGACAAUUAGGCGGUCAAGUUAGAAGAAUUACAGGACUAGACCCUGCUGGUCCGUUCUGGGGUAACUCUUUUGCAUUGAACAAACGAUCCGGCCAGUACGUAGAAGCUAUACACACAAACAUUUUAUUCCGGGGAGUUAUUGAACCUGUAGGACACACCGAUUUUUAUCCAAAUGGUGGACUUAUCCAGCCAAGCUGUGACACAAAUACCUGUGCUCACAAUCGAGCUUAUGAAUUAUUUGCUUCUAGCGUACGAACAGAUCAUUUUGUUGGGAAAAAAUGCUUAGAUCUUAGACAAGCCCUUAUAAACCAAUGCAAUGGCGAAAUUUUAAAUAUGGGAAAUGCAGAUUUAACAAAAACGGGUGCUAUUCCUCUAGUACCAGGGGAUAACAGUCACUACGUAGAGGGUGUGAGUCGCUACAUCUGGAUGCCUGAUGGCAAUGGUAACCCACAUCUUGUAGAUCUUCACGCCCCUGCAGAUGAAGAUUUCCUGGUGAGCAGAAAUGGAGCUCUUAAUGAAUAUUGGCUUUUCACCAGACAAAACCCCACCAACCACCAAGUACUGGUAAAUGGAGACGCAAACUCAAUCACCAACUCCAACUACAGAGGAGACCGACCAACCAAAGUCUUAGUGCAUGGAUGGAACAGUAACGGCAACACGAACAUGAACCCUCUUAUAACGUCAGCAUUCCUUGCCGUCUCAGAUGUCAAUGUCAUUAUUCUUGAUUGGAGAAGUUCUGCUUCAGGAUUAUACACCACCUCAGUACUUGCUGUUCCCGGUGUAGGUGUGCAUCUCGCUAAUUUCCUUACUUUCCUUUUCGACACUGCUGGGGGCGACUGGGGCAAUGUUCACUUGAUUGGCCACAGCUUGGGCGCUCACGUAGUUGGUAACGCAGGCCGCGCUGCUCCAACACUCCCUACUCGUGUGACUGGCCUCGACCCCGCUGGACCUCAAUGGGGAGGAAAUUCAAACGCUUUGAACCGCAACUCGGGUGUGUACGUUGAGUCUAUCCACACGGAUGGUGGUCUACUCGGUAUCAUGGAUCCUAUUUCCCACGGCGACUUUUAUCCCAAUGGAGGUAGAAAUCGUCAACCAGGAUGCUUAACUAGUUUGUGCUCUCACAGUCGCGCACCAGAAUUAUUUGCUUCCUCUGUUGCGACAAACCACUUAGUUGCAAGACUUUGUAAUAGUUUUAGUGAAGCUGAAAACGUUCAAUGUUCGGGAGCCGCACUUCACCUUGGAAACGGUGACCUAAAUAAACGAGGUGCUAUUCCUCUAAUACCAGGGGAUAACAGUCACUACGUAGAGGGUGUGAGUCGCUACAUCUGGAUGCCUGAUGGCAAUGGUAGCCCACAUCUUGUAGAUCUUCACGCUCCUGCAGAUGAAGAUUUCCUGGUGAGCAGAAAUGGAGCUCUUAAUGAAUAUUGGCUUUUCACCAGACAAAACCCCACAAGCCGCCAAGUACUGGUAAAUGGAAACGCAAACUCAAUCCAUAACUCCAACUACAGAGGAGACCGACCAACCAAAGUCGUAGUGCAUGGAUGGAACAGUGACGGCAACACGAACAUGAACCCUCUUAUAACGUCAGCAUUCCUUGCCGUCUCAGAUGUCAAUGUCAUUAUUCUUGAUUGGAGAAGUACUGCUUCAGGAUUGUACACCACCUCAGUACUUGCUGUUCCCGGUGUAGGUGUGCAUCUCGCUAAUUUCCUUACUUUCCUUUUCAACACCGCUGGGGGCAACUGGGGCAAUGUUCACUUGAUUGGCCACAGCUUGGGCGCUCACGUAGUUGGAAACGCAGGCCGCGCGGCUCCAACACGCCCUACUCGUGUGACUGGCCUCGACCCUGCUGGACCUCAAUGGGGAGGAAAUGCAAACGCUUUGAACCGCAACUCGGGUGUGUACGUUGAGUCUAUCCACACGGAUGGUGGUCUACUCGGUAUCAUGGAUCCUAUUUCCGACGCUGACUUUUAUCCCAAUGGAGGUAGAAAUCGUCAACCCGGAUGCGCAACUAGUGUGUGCUCUCACAGUCGCGCACCAGAAUUAUUUGCUUCCUCUGUUAGGACAAACCACUUAAUUGGAAGACUUUGUAAUAAUUUUAGUGAAGCUGAAAACGUUCGAUGUUCGGGAGCCGCACUUCACCUUGGAAACGGCAACUUAAAUAAACGAGGGCAAGGACUUUAUGGACUAACUACUGGAAGCUCGUGGCCUUUU